AUGGACACAAAUAUGCGUGAAGCAGUCACGGCCCAAGAAAGGUUAAUGAUAACUUUGCGCUUUUUGGCAACUGGAGAAACAUUCACCAGCCUGCAGUUUAUAUUUCGUGUUUCCAAGUCGUUAAUCAGUAGCAUUGUGAAGGAUGUGUGUGCGGUUCUCAACGAACAACUACGGAGCUAUGUAAAAAUGCCGUCAAAUACACAGCAAUGGCGAGAAGUAUCGAAAAAAUUUGAAGACCGAUGGAAUUUCCCCCAUGCCAUAGGUGCCAUCGAUGGCAAGCAUGUUCGAAUUCGGGCACCAAGCCACAGUGGAUCGGAGUACUACAACUACAAAAAUUUUUUCAGCAUCGUACUACUUGCGGUAGUCGACGCUGACUACAAUUUCUUGCAUGCCGAUGUUGGAGGAAAAGGAGGCAUUUCAGACGGAGGUGUAUUCAAGAAUAGUUGUUUGUACCAGCGUUUGGAAAACAACAGUCUUAAUAUCCCAGAACCUGAGCCAUUGCGGAUUCCCUACACCAUCCGCGUUCCAUACUUCCUGUUAGGAGACAAGGCGUUUGCCUUUACUUCAUACUGCAUACGUCCCUUCGCAGGUGAACAUCCUACAGGAAGUAUGGAGCGAUAUAACAGCUGCAGUGGCAUCAGCAACAGCAAUAACAGGAAUUUAGCAACAGCAACACCGGGCAGUACAGUUUUCAGCAAGGGCAGCAGCGACCUCAGCAACAGUGGAGAGUGUUGUGGACAACAGGAACAGCAGCGGCACAAGCUGCGGACAGUUAAUUAA